AAAAAAAAUAUACCCGAUGGUAAUUGUAUGGCAAUGGUAGAGGUCGAACAUAUAAUUGACGACUUUUCGCGGUUAAUUACUUCUCAUUCCGUCAAAUGUUUGUAUUUKCGCAACUAAUAUUAUUGAUUAUUUGUUGUCGGUACGUUUCAUUCCGACAAUCCGCCGUCAAGUCCAUUCAAUUUUUACCCUGACGGAACACUUUGACAUCAUUGACCACUUAUCACCCUUUAUCAAAGAAGGGAAAGUCAACUUAUAAAAUCAACGAGCUACGAAUGUACACUUCAGAACACUUGAUCGGAAAAACAUUCCAAAGGAAAACAGCAAGACAUCAAUUCGAUUUUUUACUCCACGCACCAUUUCACAUUCCCAGUGGAACCCACUUCGGUGUUUGGAAGCCAAUCCAGUGCUGUUGAUCAAUGAUUCGAUUUGAAAAAUGUGCCAACCAAGUUCACCGGCAGCAAGCGAAGGUCGAUUUCUUGUAAUUGGAAGCAAAGGAGUUGGGAAAUCAGCUGUGACUGUAAGAUACCURACAAAAAGGUUUAUAGGAGAAUAUCAGUCGGUGAUGGAACUAACUUACAUACAGAAGCUGAAACUAGACGAGGAYGUGAAUGGAUUGACGUUUGAAAUCAGGGAUACUUUAGAAAGGGGUGAUAUAUCAUUGUAUGAGAGUAGUAUACGAUGGGCCGAUGCGUUCCUCGUCGUCUACUCGAUAACAGAUAAAAACAGUUUUAACAAUGCUAUACAGCUUGUUGAAGCGGUGUAUGAUGGGAAGGGUACUGAUGAAGUACAUGUCGCACUGAUAGGCAAUAAAACAGACCUGGAUCACUUCAGAAAGGUGACAAAAGAAGAAGGGAAAUCCGCUGCUGAGCAGCUAGGGUGCAUGUUCUACGAAGUAUCAGCCGCUGAGAAUUACGAAAAUGUGCAAGUAGCCUUGAACUCUCUAUUUCGCAAAGUAACAAUACACAAGAAACUGAUGUUCCGUGCAAAAGAGAAACGAAAAAAUAGUACAAGUUCAGAAAAGAAGAAAUAUGGAUUUGGAAAUGGUCUUUUUAAACGAAAAGCUAGUACUGAACGAAAGAACACCUUACCGAAGAUUUGACACACAUUUAUACAAGUCGAAAAAAAUCAACCUGUACGGUCCCCUUCUACUAACUAUGGACAGAUCAAUGAUUCUGAACAUUCAUCAAUUUUAKUACAUAUAUACUUGAAGAAAUCAUCAUCCUCUGAAACACUGGGGUGACCUUCUGUUGUUUGUGCCACGUCGRCGGAUUACCCCU